GUCACGGACGACGAUGGUUCGCUGCACUGCUGGAUUGGCUUCGGCAGCGAUUGCUUCCACUCCGCGCGCAAGGCUCACAUCACCUCGGCCCAGCGGAUACUGCGCGGAAGCUUCCGGGUGCUGAUGGAUUUGAAGGGUUUCGAGGUCGGGGAAGCGUACCUCAAGAAGGUGUUCGACGCUCUGCCCGAGGACUCCCACGGCUUCGGCCAGAGCGUCGACGAGGCGGCGAGGCAGUGCAACCACACCUGCCUGUCGCUGGUCACCUGCGAGCUGUGGCAGUACUCCUCCAAGGUUGGCUGCCAGAUCAACGACCCAAAAUUCAAGGCCCUGCCCUACCCGCUGACCACCGCGGUGGUCCACACGGGCACGCCGAAGGCGGAGGCCGUGAUCGCCGGCGCGUACAUCCAGCGCGCGUGCAAGUCGGCGCCGAAGCGCGGGCCUUCGAAGCUGGCGGCCGAGAUCGUGCGCAAUGCGACCACGAAGGUGAGCACCACAGAAGCGUCCACCGUGACCAGCACGACCGGGCCAUCGACGACGUCCGUGACCACCACGGCCGUGACCACCACGACCGUGACCAGCAAGACGACGAUCUUACCGCUCGCGCCGUUGCCAGGAGAGCCGGACCUCUUCAUCCGGGGCAAGCAGGCCUCGGAGGUUUAUUUCCGCGACGGGGAGACCAGCACGAAGCACUUGGUGCGGUUCAACUCGUGCUCCCGGUGCCCGAAGAAGGUCCAGGAGCUGUGCGGGCGACCUGCGCAGGUCACCGAGGGGGAAAUUCUCGGCCUCGAGACCGGUGAGGACUUCGAAUGCGACAUGUUCAACCCGGGCGAAGCGAGGCCGGUGGAGGACCAGAUGCAGACCGUGCCCCCGCAGCACGGGCGCGGCCCAAGUGCGCCGACGGACAAGCUGGACGAGUCCGACAUGACCACCCUGACCGAUCGGAGCACCACGACCACGACGACAGCAGCGUUGGCAGCAGCCCUUGGCGCCGGUGCCCAUCACGCGGCUCGCCGUGGUGGUCUGCCGUGGUGGUUGUGGGCACUGCUGCUCGCAGGCAUCGUGGGCAUCGUCGCCUGCGUGGCGUAUGCCGCCAGGCACAAGAGGCGCGGCCGCUCGCCGCCCCGCACGCGGGCCUCGCGGCUGCAGAAGGAGGCGAGCGGCGCCACGGGGAGCACCGCGGCGCACGACAAGAGCUUCAGCCUCGCCAGCUCUUUCGACAGCGAGGCGGCGGCACCGCUGAUGGCAAGCCCCCCAGAUGGGCAGGCGCCCCCCCUCAGCGGGCGAAGCGCUGGGCUCGCGGAUGGGCCAGCCGCUGCAGCAGGCGCAGGGCGCCCCGCAGACGCAGAUGUUGUCGCAGACGCCGCAGACGCAGAUGUUGUCGCAGACGCCGCAGACCCAGAUGAUGUCCCAGGACCUGGACUUGGUCACGGUGACGCCGCAGGGGCUGGCCGUGACGCCUCUGAAUGGGAACCCGCCGCCGCCCGGCGUCCCCAUGCUGCAGGAGAGGCCACAGCUCCAGGGCCCGGCCCCCGCCGGGGCGCCGCACACGUUCGGCACGUCGCAGGCGUCAUCUUUCGCCGCUCUGCAGCAGGCGGGGGCGAGACAGGACAUGGACCUCGUAACGGUCACGCCGCAGGGCUUGGCAGUAAC